AUGGCAUCCAAAAGCAAUCCCAACGUUCCCCAAAAGAAGCGCAAGAUCGCAAACCGAGCCAAGACUCAACGCAAGAAUGCUAUCAACAAAAUUACUAAGAAUCCAAGAGGUACCAGAGCCAGUACUGUUCUCUUCCCUACCAGUGGACCUUUAGCACCUGUAUCCGGAAAGAAAGCUCGAAAGUUGCAGAAGGCGCAAAACUGUGCACGUCAAAGAGCAUUGAAGCAGGCCAUGAAAGAAGGAGAAGUCAAAAUGACUGAUGCUCCAGAGACCUCAGAGACAGCAGCAAAUGCGGAGAACCAGGGAAUGGAGGUUGAUAACAUUGCAUAA